CAUGUGGAAGAGUCUUGUAUUACUGAAAGUAUUAAUAUUUUGGUUAGCUAAAGAGGCAGCUACCUCAACAGAUUAUAAUAUUUUUGCCAUUACUAAGGAAACUGAUUCCCCAAAAGGCAAUUUGUACAAAACACUUAAAGGAAAUGGCAGAGUAAAAUGUGCCGAAUCUUGCAGCUUGGACGAUUUAUGUUAUGUUUUUUUUUACAAUACAUCAUCUUGUCUUCUAUAUAAAACGUUUGAUGGAAGUUUUGAAGCAACUCAAAGCGGAUUGGGCUAUUUCGGAUUGAAAAAAGACAAGCCACCGAAACCCAAUGAACCUUCCGAUUGUCAUAUGAUGUGUCCAACAAAGAGAACUGGAACGUGCGAGCAAAUUGAUCUGGAUGAUCCAAAAACUUGCAACUAUUUCACAUACAAUUCUGAACAUUUUAUUGCUUGUCACAUGAAAAACUUGUGUGCACACAUACUAAAAUACGAUAAAAUAUUUAAAUUAUGGCAGCUUGCCUUUGUUAUUCCAACUGUUUGUAAGGUAACUGUCGAAGAAAAUCUCAUUACUUAUUGGAAAAAUGGCGAAUUCUUUUUGGUUUUUACUAGUAUAACUGGUGUAAAAAUUGUUAAAUUUGACGGAACUUACGGAACAAUUAAUUUCUGGAAAUUGGCCAACGAUUCAACAACUUGGGUUAACUUACUAAACCACAAUGACAUUGAAUCGAGAAGAAUUCGUACUAUUGAUCUACAAUUAUUAAAUGGUAGAUUUAUCGUAUUUGCCAAUGUGGAAUUUCACUGUAGUUUCAUGUGCGGAGAUGAAGUGAAUAAUCAACGAUUAGUUAUAAGUGCUCAAAAUUACGGAGAUAUUCACCUUUUCCUCUGGAAUGGUACAACACAAUACGAAGUUGAUAAACUGGACACCGAUGCUGCAGGUUUUAAUUCGCAUUGGUAUUCAAUUCCUGUGGUAGGACUCCCUAGAUUCUUUAUAAUGAAUCACGUAAAAGCUUCUAUCACAAAAAAGGCCAUCGUAUAUGUAACUGUUGACAAUAAGUUGGACUUGUCGGAAAAUUAUAUCGUAACGAAGGCAUUAUCAAGAAUUGGCUCAACAUUUGAAAUGGAAAAUAAGAAAUACGUACUCUUAACUCAUUCUACUUACCUUCAAAUAAUUAAUAUUGAUUGUGCUUUGGCGUAA